CGACUUGCCGUUACUGAUGGCACAAAUGAUAAAGCUGAAUGUAUUAAUGAGGGCAGCAAUCGGCCACGAGACAGUGUUGCAAUUGAUGAUGUCAUCAAGAGAACUACCGAAUAUUUCGAAUCAAACAUUCGAGGGGCUGAACCAGGGCUUUUCCAAGUGAAAAAAUCAUUGUCUCUGAAGAAACUUCAUGAAUGUGAAAUAUGGGUAACUAGUCAAUUUUCAGCUCAGAAAUUUAGUGCUCUUGGCCAUGGGGCUUUCCUUGAGUUUUUGGAAAGACAUGGUCAUCAUUUCUCCCCUAACUGGAGUAGCUUCUUAAAUGGGGACCUUUCUUGUUCUUCAUCUCUGGAAGUUUCUGUAGUGCAGCAACUAAUUGGAGUUUUACUCUGCCAAGCUGAGAGUAACUGGCUGGAGAAUGGUGAAUUCUCAAUGGAUAGUUUAUUUAUGCUUCUCAAAAGGCAGUCUCCGACAAUCACUGUUGAUAUAAUGCAAAAUAAAUUAGGGGGGCUCGUUGACGCUAUUGAGUCUCAAAAAAAGAGCGGCAUACAGACAAACACCACCAAAUUUUCCAUUGCACUGUUGGAGAAACAGUGGUCUGGGAUUGGCAAUGCUGGUAUGUUGAGGAGUGAUAUUUCUGAACAAACUUAUCCUGGUUCAGUUUCUUCGCAAGAAGCCAUCAAGUGCUUACUCAAGGCUCCAUUGUUGUCUGAUCUUCUUCUUUGGUCAAAUUGGGAUUUGCUGUUUGCCCCUUCAUUGGGCUCCUUCACACAUUGGUUGCUGAAUACAGGUUCAAUUCAAGAGUUAUCAUGUAUUGUGACAACAGAUGGUAGGUUCAUUAGAAUAGAUCCAUCAGCCACUGUUGAACAUUUUUUAGAAGCCAUCAUUCAGCAAUCACCAUUUCAGGUGGCAGUGAAGCUGCUUUCCUUGCUACACAUUUACAAUGGUUCUAGUAAUGCUCCAAUUUCGUUACUGAAGUGUUAUGCACAACGAGCAAUAGAUGCUAUAAUAAACAGCAACAGUGAUCUGGUCAGCGCUGGUUCGGAAGGAAAAAUAUUUGUGCAUGGGGAACUGCGCACAGAAAUUGCUGAAAAGCUUGACUGCUCUUCUCACUAUAAUGGCCGCAUCCAAAGAAGUUUAGAGAUCCCUUAUGUAAGAAGGAUUAAGUCUAAAAGCUUAUCAAACAUUGACCAUACACUUCAUUUGAUUGCUACAUUUGUACUAGAUUGUCUUGGAUAUCUACCUUCAGAAUUCUGGAGUCUGGCAGCAGAUAUACUAUUGUCAGGAUUGCGGAGUGUUACUAAGAAUUGCUAUUCAUCCAUCUUGCAUGCAUGCAGUGAAACUUGGCAGCUUUGCAUGCUUCGCAAUAUUGGACUGUCACUUGGAGUUGCUGAAUGGGUUGAAGAUUGUUGUGCGACCUGUCAGACUAAACAUGUUCAUGCAAAUGGAGAAAUUAAUUCAUCUUCUCAACAUUCAUCAGCUGUAUCUGGAAGACAUCAGCAUGAAAAUACUAACAUGCUUACUGCAACAGAUGUUCACACAAUGAAUGAGGGAAGUAGACCAUUUCAUGGCUUGGAGGUUACAAGUGAUGAAAACAAGGAAUUGUUAACCAAAUUAGACAUGGCAGAUUUACUAUCUACUAGCAAUCCGCCCAUGGUAAAAGAAACAAAUCUUGAGGAAGCAGCUCUUAUUAUUGAGACUAUACGUAAGGAGGAGUUUGGUUUGGAUCAGACACUGAGUUAUACUGAUAAGAGCUUCUUGGAAAAGCAGCAUGCUCGACUUGGCAGAGCCCUUCAUUGCCUCUCACAAGAGCUAUAUUCCCAGGAUUCUCACAUAAUUCUUGAGCUAAUACAGAAUGCUGAUGACAAUACCUAUCUCAAGGAUGUCGAACCAACAAUAGGAUUUGUUCUUCAGGAGAAUGGAGUUGCUGUUCUCAAUAAUGAGAAGGGCUUUUCUGCUGAUAACAUUAGAGCGUUGUGUGACAUUGGUAAUUCAACAAAGAAAGGAUCAAACAUGGGAUAUAUUGGAAAUAAAGGCAUUGGAUUCAAGUCAGUAUUCCGGGUAUCUGAUGCUCCAGAGAUCCAUUCAAAUGGUUUUCAUGUGAAAUUUGACAUUUCAGAAGGCCAGAUCGGUUUUAUCUUGCCAACUGUAAUUCCACCUUUUGAUACAAGUUCUUUAAGCAGAAUAUUAUCUCCCGAAGAUGGCCAUGAUGGAGGCUCCUUUUGGAACACUUGCAUUUCGCUUCCAUUCAGGUCAAACUUCAGGGAGGGCACUGGUAUGUGCUCCGUCAUGUCCAUGUUUUCGGAUCUUGACCCAUCUCUGCUCCUGUUCCUUCACAGGCUAAAAUGCAUCAAAUUCAAAAAUAUGCUAAGUGGCAAAUUUCUAGUUAUGAGAAGAAAAUCUCUUGCUGAUGGCAUUGUGAGAAUCUCAUGUGGGAAUGAUAAAGUGAGUUGGUUGGUUGUUACUAAGAAAUUAGAGGGCUCAAUUGUGCGUCACGAUGUAUGUUGUACGGAGAUAGCUAUGGCAUUUUCUUUACAGGAGACUGAGGAAGGAGAGUAUGUGCCUUAUUUGAAGCAACAACCUGUGUUUGCUUUCCUUCCUCUCAGGAAUUAUGGUCUUAAAUUCAUACUUCAAGGAGAUUUUGUUUUACCUUCUUCCAGAGAGGAAGUGGAUGCAGAUAGCGCAUGGAAUCAAUGGUUGCUAUCUGAAUUCCCUACUUUAUUUGUUGGCAUGCAAGACUCCUUUUGUGCUCUACCUUGCUUCCAGAAGAGCCCUGGAAAAGCCGUUACAGCCUUGAUGAGUUUUGUGCCUCUAGUGGGAGAAGUUCAUGGGUUCUUUUCUCAGCUGCCUCACUUAAUCCUUUCAAAGUUGCGCCUGGCCCGCUGCAUGAUUUUGGAGGGUUCCAGUCCGCACUGGGUUCACCCAUGCAACACUCUAAGGGGUUGGGACGAACAGGCUAGAACACUAUUGUCCGAUGCUGUACUUUGUGAACACCUUCACCUUGGUUAUCUAUCAAAGGAUGUCACUAUAUCCGAUACCUUAUCAAGGGCCUUAGGUAUACAUGAGUAUGGACCAAAAGUUUUGACUGAUAUUAUGUCAUCUAUUUGCCGAACUGAUGGUUUUAUCGAGUCAAUGGGACUGGAGUAGCUAUGUGCUUGGUUUGUUACACUUCAUUCAGCAUUACUGUCUCAUUCUUCUGGGAAUCUUCCCUUAAGAACAAGUCUUGAGAGUGAUAUUUUAUGUUCUCUCCAGAAAAUGCAAUGCGUCCCACUUUCAGAUGGCUCUUUUAGCUUUAUAGCAAAUGGACCAAUAUGGUUGAAUUAUGAUCUUCUUGACUCUCCACCUGAAUCUGAAAUUAGCAUGCAGAGCUUCCCAUUUCUAUACUGUAACCUUCGAAUUGUAAGCCCUUCCAUUCUCUCAUUGUCCAGUAAACAUAGUUACAUUAUGGGGGAGACGAGAACAAAUGACCUUAUAGAUAUUUUACUGAGAAUUGGGGUACGGAAGUUUUCUGGACAUGACAUUGUAAAAAAUCACAUCCUGGCAUCAUUGUCUAAUGCUACAGAUGCUAAAGCAGAAGAGAAAGUGCUGACAGAAUAUGUGAGUUUUAUUAUGCAGCACCUUCAGUCGUCUUGUACAAGCUGUAAAUCUGAGAAAGAAGAAAUUGUGUCAGAACUACGGAACAGGUCUAUCCUACUUACAAACAAUGGCUAUAAGUGCCCAGCUGAUGUACCAAUUCACUUCAGUAAGCAUUAUGGAAAUUCUGUGGACAUGGGCAAGCUGCUUCAGAAUGUAGAUACUACAUGGAUUGAACUUGAUACAUGUUACUUGAUGCAUCAUAGUGCCGCUUCAUUGCAAUUCAAGAAAAACAGUUGGAGGCAAUUUUUUGAGGAGCUGGGGGUGACUGAUUUUGUUCAGGUAGUGAAAGUUGAGAAAAGUAUAUCUGGGGUUGAUUAUGUUCAAGAUGGUAUUCCUUUCCAAGGUGACAUAUCUGGAAUCUUGUAUUGUGUAUGACUGGGAGUCACCAGAGUUGACUAAUAUGUUGUCCACAUUUUCUUCAAAGAAUUUCCGAAAAAAAUGUAUAUAUCUUCUGGAGGUUCUAGACAAAUACUGGGAUGGUUAUUAUAGUACAAAAUCUAGGAGUCUCACCAGUGCAACACAUUGUGGUGAAAAGAGAACAGUUGAAUCUUCCUUUAUGAGGUGUGUGCGAAACUUCAAGUGGAUAGCAUCAAGUAUGGAUGAUGGCCUUCAUUACCCAAGAGAUCUAUUCUGUGAUUUGGGAAAUGUGCGAUCUCUUCUUGGCAAUGUUGCCCCCUACGCUAAACCAAUGCUAUCAAGUAAAUCACUUCAGAAGGACAUUGGAUUCAAGACAAAGGUAUCCUAUGGUGACGCUUUAUUGAUCCUGAAGCACUGGAUAGCGUCACAAUCUCCCUUUAGUGCAAGGAUGGACCAGAUGUGCAAAUUUUAUGCCUUCUUGUCGGAAGGUGCAGCUAAUGGAGAGAUCAACAUUAAACGGGAUUUCCUAGCACUUUGCUCUAUAUUUACACCACUGCAUCGUUCACGAUCUACUGAUCUUGUAACUGGGAGAUUUAUGCCUUCAAAAGACUUAUAUUGGCAUGACCCAACAGGAUGUUCUGAAAUGGCAGAUGCAUUUGUUUCAGUAAAGAGGAAUAUGUUUCCGAGAAGGAUGUUGUCCAUGGCUUAUCCAAGCCUCCACGAAUUCUUUACUGAGAUACUGUUACAGUUAUCAAGUGUUUCAUUGCCUUCACAAGUUGGCAAUCAUGUAUUUCGUGUAUUUGUGAGAUGGGCUGAUGAUCUCCAAUCUGGAAGUAAUAAGAUGAAUCGUAUCUUGUACUUGAAAGAAUCUCUUCAGAAGUUAGAGACAACGGUAUUGCCAACCGUGGUCGACAAGUGGGUGUCUCUCCAUCCAUCUUUUGGCCUUCUUUGCUGGGCAGAUAAUGAUGAGCUUAAGAAGGAAUUUAACAACUCUAGUGAGAUCGACUUUAUACAAUUUGGUGAACUUUCUCUGGAUGACAAACAAACACUAAAUGGGAGGGUUGCUGCACUAAUGGACAUAUUAGGUAUUCCGGCACUUUCUAAGGUUGUGGACCGGGAAGCAAUAUUUGAUGGUGCAGGGAACAACAGAGAAAAAGCUAGUUUAAUUAGUUGGCCCUUACCAUACAUGCAACGUUACAUUUACAAGAUGCAUAGAGAUACUUACAAUCGCUUUCAGCAAAAUGAGGCCAUGAAACUUAGCAGACUUGAAGUUAUCGUCGUGCAGAAGUUAUUCUACAAGUAUACGCUGAAAAAACAUGAUAGUUCUUCUAAGAGAAGAUUUGAAUGCCAGUAUAUUCUACAGGGAAAUAUAUUAUAUGCUACACAAGAGGUUGAUCCACAUUCUGUUUUUCUGGAACUUUCUAGACUUUUCUUUGAUGGAUCCGUUGAUCUACACUGUGCAAAUUUUCUUCACAUGAUUAAAACCAUGGCAGAUUCUGGCUCCACUGUCAAACAAAUUGAAUUUUUUAUUGUCAAUAAUCAGAAGGUGCCUGAGUUGCCUGAACAGGAACCUGUUUGGUCCUUUUCUUCCUCAUUUGUGGCCAAGGAAAUACAAAUGUUCACUUCCCAAACAGUUCAGUUCCAACCUCCACAUGACCCCAGUCAUAUCCUCAAGCGUAAGAGGGACCCAGGAAUCAUUUCAAGCAACCCGCUCAGUGAUCCUAAAACAGCCCCUGAUCUUAGAACCCCUCCUAGAAGCCAGCAAUAUAUGAAGGUGAAUGAUAUGGCAUUGACAUCAGAGCUUAGCAAGCCUGUCAAGUGUGGACACAUGGAAGAUACUUCAGUUUCCACAAAGCUUGAAGGGGUUCAUGUUGUGAAAAAGGAUUUAAUGACAGAAAAUAUGUCAGUCGAAGAAAGUACGAUGGAAGUUGGUGAUGAGCCUGCUUGUUUGAACUUGGAGGAAGGAAUCUUGCCAAGUCUGGUUGAUGAAACUGAGCUAACUAACAUUGAUGAGAAACUCGCUGAUGUUGCAGAAGAGAAGGACAACCUUGAUACAGGGCCUCCAGCUGGAAGGCAGCUAGGAGCUGGCACACCUGGUGAAGCCACAAUUCGAAAAACAGAUGAGCGGUCAAGAACAGGCAGGCUUGAUGAAGCUGUGGUGCACCAAUACCUUGUUGGGCAGCUAGGAUCUAACAAUGUCAAGUGGGUGAAUGAAGAGAACGAGUCUGGACUUCCCUAUGACAUCCUCAUCACCUCCGGGGACGGCACCACAGAGUAUGUGGAGGUGAAGGCGACUGUGGCUUCAAGCAAGGACUGGUUCCACAUCACACCCAGAGAAUGGCAAUUCGCGCUGGAGAAAGGGGAUUUGUUCAGCAUCGCUCAUGUCCUGCUAAAAUGUUCAGACAAAGCGAAUAUAGUGAUGUUGAAGAACCCACAGAAGCUCUGCCAGCAGAAGUUCCACUGUGAUGGCAGCAUUGCCUCAGCGGGAGGGCAUGGCGAUGAGGACACUGUAGGUCUGUAGCGGUGGACGGUGCCCGCCUCGAAGAUGUGAUGGAGAUGGAGAGAACAGGCGGAACAUCGAUGCGUGUUGUCGCGAGGGUGUGGCAUCCCAUCUCCGAGGGAGCACUGACGAGUGUGCUGCCACUGUCGCUGUGCUGCCACUGUCGCCUCAGAUGUCUACCUCAUGUUCAUCAUUUGUCUCUGCACCCACCCAGUCUUCGGCGACCUGGCACAGGUAGGUGGCACUACACAGGUACAUAGUGUGUUUACCUUGCUGCAAUAUACUCCCUGUAGUCCUAUACUAGUUGUCUUUUGAUUUUUCCAUUGUAAUUUGGCACUUCUUGCUCAUGAGAAGUAAUUUCUAGUUUGUAGAUGUGCCAGUUCGAGUACUACUCACAGCGCUACUCUUGAUAUUAUUUUUGCUGAGCAUGUUGGCUUUUGCCCACCUUGAACUCACGCAUGGAUUCUUGAGUGAUCUGAAUGAUUCUUUAUCUACCAAAUAACUCCUUGCAAGCUUAUGACAGAGGCAACACAUAUUAUCUUUUGUAUGAUGCAUAGAGCUACUCAGGAUAAGAGACUUGAAGACUUGGUAUUUCAGAAAUGCGGAUAAGCUAUGGUUCUAACAAGGUCAAGAAGUUUGUUGUUCACAGGUUUCUGAAGCUCUAAGUUGGAGUUGCUUAUCAUGACAAAAUAAUCGAUGCAACAUUUUUGUUAAGAAAAUCAGGGAUUCCUCCCCUGUUCCAUUUUAUUAAAUUGCGAUAAGAACUAUAAAGAAAAUUCUCAUAUUUCAGUCAUGAUCUUUCAUAGCAAUUCAUAUUAAUGCUUCCAA